UAUGUCUUCAUUGUAAUUAUGUCUUUAUUCAUAUAUUUGAAAAUCUUCUUUUUUCUCCAUUUUUUGCGAAUUAAAACAAAAUAAUACUAUGAUUUAUGUCGAUAUUCGUUUGGUAAAUAAUUAAAUAGAGAAUAUGAAUUUGCAAUAAAAUGUUGAAUGAAAAAUUACAUUUAGAAAGGAAUCAUUAUAUACUUAGAAAUUAUUUUCGACGUAAAGAGAAUGUUUUAAAAGUAGUAGUUACAGAUGGUACAACAGAUCUUGCACGUGCAUUUUUGUAUAGAAUGUUGAAUGAUAAUGUGUUUGGUGAAAAUCAAUCUGUCUUUGUCAGCCUUUAUGAGUUACCGAACAAGGCGACCUUCUUGGAAAGUGUUGCAAUUGAACUCACUUCCUUUAGCCCCAAAGUUUUAAAUGGCAUCAGUUAUGGUCAUGAUGCUUCCAUUGAAUUUAAGGAUGCAGAUGUUGUAAUUUGUAUUGGUUAUGCAAGAGAGUAUGACUUUAAGGAUAAUGAAUACCGUGAACCAUUUUUUGAAGAAUACGUUCUGACUUCCAAGUUUUAUGGUGAAGUUAUAGAAAAGUAUGUAAAAAGGGAUGCAAGAAUUAUUGUACUAGGAACUACUGCUGCCACAAUCAUAUCCAAAUAUGUGAAAUCUAUUCCUAUCAAGAAUAUAACUACAUUAUCUUUGCUUAAUUUAAAUAUUGCUGCAGGUCAGAUUGCUGCACGAGCACAGUGUCUUCCAACAGAAGUAAAGAAUAUAAUAAUCUGGGGUUCGAAUGGCUCGUAUAGUUAUCCCGAUUGCAGAUAUAUGUAUUUCACCCGUGGAAAACCUUUGGCUGAUGUUUUGAAAGUUUGGAUCACUGACGUUCUCCCACGAAUUAUUCGAAAUGUUGUUCACAGACCAAGCCUCAUUAAUUCCAUAGCUUAUGCGUUGGCAGAACACUGUAAAAUCUUAUGGAAUGGCACUCCAGAGAAUGAAUGGACCUCUAUGGGUGUUAUGUCUGAUUAUUCUUAUUCGAUUCGAUCUGGAAUAUUUUUCUCUUAUCCCGUAAUUUGUAAAAACAGGCAGUAUGAAAUAGUACAGGAUUUUGAUAUGGAUCGGUACGUUCUGCGGUACAUUGUGGAUCUAAGUAGGUUGAUUUUUAGGGAAAUCGAGAUUGCCUAUGAAAUUUGUGGUUUAAUAUCAAUUGAUCCUUAA